ACCUCAUUAGAAGACACAAACGACCAUCGACACAUGGUGCUCUACCUUUGAAAGUUUGCACGUGAGGCGGGCACACAUCGUCGCGUAUGUGACUCGUUACCUAAAGCCUAACUCCUCUUAGGCCGAAUAGCCAUGCCGCUCCUAAAUGAAUGAACGAAUGAACCUUUAUUUCAAAAAGAAGGACGACUCUCGGCCGCUGUAGAGGAUUCAAUUGCAUUGUUAGGGUUGGGUGAAAUGUAUCCCCAUCUCGGUCUAUGGUCUACGGUCUAUGGGAAACCCCUUCACUUUCUUCGAUUCAUGUUGAAUUCGGUUGCUUUCGAAAUGAGCCACUCGAAACAGACGAGCAGCGACUGCCCACACCUAUGCCCGAUGUACGCAUCGCGCACAAGUCAUGCAGAGCAGAUUUACAACUCCUGCUCUUGGAGCUGCGCAGAUUUUUUUACAAGGGAGAUACCAUAUCCGACAAUUACUACAUGACGACGUGAUAAUCCCAACAAAUCUAAUACAGCCUUCAUGUUGAACACGUCUUGAAGCGCACCGGCACACAGACAGAGGGUUACAGAAAAGGUGGCACGACAGCCGCGGCAACAUCUGUUCAGCAUGAACUUUAACCAUUAGCCCCUCUCGCCAUCUUGCUGUAAUACGACCUAAUCCUCAAACAAAUAUAUAUAUAUUUCCAUUCUUGUUGGCCGAUGCCCCGUAGUGGGUAAGUGCCGUAGAUCGGCGGCGUAACCUUCCGUGCGCGCCGAUCGGUUGCGUGCGAGGGAGACGAAGAGGCCGACAGGCGUCGACGUCGGCGGGCCGGUCUGGGCAGCGCCAUGGCGUCCGAAACGAUCCCGUCGGGCGAGCCCGACGUGGUGGUCUGCAUCAAGGGCAGCGAGUUCCUGGCGCACAAGGAGAUCCUGAUGGCGGCCAGCCCGUACCUGCGCGACAUCCUGCACGAGAUCGGCACCGAGCAGCGCAUCAAGGUCGAGCUCGAGGGCGUGUCGCCGUCUGCGUUCGAGGCGCUGCGCUCCUACAUGUACCUGGGCAGCAUCCGCAUCACGUGCCAGAACGUGACGGACGUGUACCGCUGCGCGUACAAGCUGCGCAUCCGGGCGCUCAUCUCCAAGUGCCUGCAGUACUUGGCCGAGUCUGGCGAGGUGGGCCGUCACGUGGUUCUCUACGUGAACGCCGUCAAGGUGGCCAUGCGGGACGAGGAGAAGGUGGCGUUCCAGUUCCUCGUGGAGCACUUCGACAACGUGAUGCGCUGCCGCGAGUUCCUGGACCUGACGGCGGCCGAGCUGUGCAGCAUCCUCCGCUCCGACGUGCUGGGCACGCGCAGCGAGCUCAACGUGUACAUGGCGGCGCUCGCGUGGCUCGACCACGAGUACGAGCGGCGCCGGGGCCUCGAGGAGCAGGUGCUCGAGUGCGUGCGCUUCCCGCUGAUGGACGAGGCGACGCUGAUGCGCUGCUUCCUGCCGCCCAUCUGCCCCAGCGCGGCCGUCAACGCGACCGUCAAGCUGAGCAUCGUCAAGGCCAUCUUCACGCACCUGGCGGCCCAGCGCAACCGCGACGACCUGGCCCACGAGUACAGGUCGCGGCCCCGCACGUACCUGGCCGAGGACGGGCCGGCCAUCGACUGGGACGCGAACGGAGUGGUCAAGAACUUCGAGAAGUGCUCGUACACGCGCGAGAACCAGACGCUGAGACACGACGCGGCCACUUGCAUCCAGGACACGUACCGACGCCACCGCGGCUGGCCGCUGCGCUCGGUGCUUCCGCGGCUGGACUCCGAGAUGGGCGCGGCGGAGACGCCCUACGCCGAGUUCGUGCCCACGUGGGUGGACUCGAGCGAGUCGCUGUCGACCAAAGUGCGUCGCGACGCCUCGCAGGACAUGCACGUCGACCUAACGCCUUACGAGGCGCAGCUUGAGCUGGUCACGCGGAGCCAGGCCUGGGUGCGCCGGUUCCUGGCACUGCGCCACUACAAGCGCGUCCACGCCCGAGUCCGGCCCGUGGUCGAGCUCGAGGCGGUGCUGGACGAAGACGACCCGUACCAGCACUUUCUGGUGCGCCACCCGGGCUCGCGGUCCAUGCCGGGCAUCACGUGGGACUCGUACCCGUCGCGGACGCUGCCGUGGCACGCCGGCGCGCUGCAGGACCCGGACUGCGCCGUCGUGCUCCUGCUGGGCGGCGUGGAGCCGGCCAAGAGCCACGAGCUGGCCACGGGCUGCGCCAUGCUGCGCUACCACCCGCUCAAGCGCGAGCUGACGCGGUGCGGCCGGCUGCCCCAGCCGCGGCACAACCACACGGCCGCCUACCUGGACGGCUGCGUCUACCUGGUGGGCGGCUUCGACAUGCGCAACACGCACCUGGCCAUCAAGUUCGCGACGCGCACCUGCUUCCGGAUGCCGCUCGAGGAGAGCGGCGCCGGCCAGUGGGAGCGCGUGGCCGACAUGAACCACGCGCGCUGCAACCACGCCACGGUCGCCAUGGGCCACAAGCUGUACGCCGUCGCGGGCCAGGACGAGUUCGACCGCUUCCUCGCCUCGGUCGAGAUCUACGACCCCGCGCAGGACCAGUGGACCGAGUGUCCGGUGCCGCUGUGCUGCAAGAUGUCCGCGUGCGGCGCCGCGCUCCACGCCGGCAACCUGCACAUCGCGGGCGGCGUGGUCCAGUCGAGGCGCCGCACGGACAAGGUGUUCCUGGUGCCCUCGGUCGAGCAUUGGGACUCGGCGUGCCAGCGGUGGCUGCGCGAGGCGGCCCAGCUGCCGUCGGGCCGCGGCUCGCUGGCGCUCGUCUCGUACAUGGACCAGCUGUUCGCCGUGGGUGGCCUCACGCGCGGCGAGGACUGCCUGCUGGACGUCACCGCCGACGUGCUCUGGUACGACGCCAAGCGGGGCCUCUGGAGGCCCGCGGCGCCGCUGCCUCAGCCGCGGCACAGCGCGUGCGUGGUGAACGCGGACGACGCCAUCCUGCUGUUCGGGGGCCUGGUGAACGCGAACCAGACCGAGGCCAGCUCGGACGUGCUCGCCUACGGGUUCCGCCAGGACCUGUGGGAGCAGGCGGCCCGGCUGCCCUGCGGCACGACCGGGUUCGCGGCCGUCGUGCUGCCGCGCUUGAAGCGAUCGAACGCACACUGACGCCGCCUCGCUCGGUUUCUUUUUUUUUCUUUAUUGUUGACGUCGACAGAACGGGAUCGAUUAAAACGCGCACCCGA